UUUCCUCCCACAGAAAAUCGAAGCGCAAAAGCCAGAGAGAAACGACGAAAGAAAACCAAAACGACAUGUCGAUGGCGGAGGUCACCUUCUUCCACCUCCGCGACCCAGACGACGAGCCUCCCCACCUCACCUAUCGCGCCCAUCGCGACUUCGACCUCGACCUCUACUUCUCCGAUCCCGAUUUCCCGUCCUCCGAUCGCUCCCUCCGCGCUCCCCGCAUCGUCACCGUCCGCGAAGAUGAAUCCGACGACCCCGACGGCGACAUCUUCUCCCAGUACCAAUCCACCGUCCACGUCAUCCGCAACGACGCCGUCUCGGGGGAGCCCAAUUCCGCAUCCAACCGGACCGACACAUCCGGUUUGCUGAACCGCCGCGAGAACCAGGUCAAUUUCGUCAUGGAUCUGUUCCAGCAGCGGGUCGAGCAGUCGUCUCAGGUAACCGCUCGCAGUCCCCUUUUGGUUUAUGAAGAUAUUGACGAGGAGGAUCGUAGUUUUGGGGUUAUUGAGUCGAAUUGCGGUGUGGGUAUGGAGGGUUUGGACCUCGAUUUGAGUUUAGGGUUAGGGUCGGGAUUGGAUUUUGGGCAUUGUUUGGAUGGGGACGGGAUUGAUGAUCCCGAGGAGGAGGAUUUCUUCGUGGGGAGGAGGGUUUGUAGGUCUGAAUUUGGUGAGGAAACUUCCAAUUUAAGUAGGGCUGAUGAUGAUGCUUACGAGAAUUGCGUGAGGCUGGUUGAGGUUGGGACCGAUUCGGAGGACGAUGAGAACGGGGUUAUUGGGAUUGAUUUGAAUUCCGGGGAUGAGUAUGGCGCGGAGGAUCAUGUCCAUGGAGAGAAUGAUGUUGAUACGAGCAUCCCGCUGCGUUGGGAUUCGCUUAUUUUGGAGGACCAUAGGGAAAGUAACGAAGAUUUCGAGUGGGAGGAAGUUGACGGAGGGGUUGAUGAGAGAGAGGUCUUCAGUAUGUUUAUUGCUCCCGACAAUGAGGAAUCAGGACCGGUGGCAGUUUCAGUUUCGGCAAUGAUGGCGCCGGAAGAGGAAGUGAAUGUGGAGAGAUAUGAGCAUUCGGAAAGUUUGGAAUGGGAGGUUUUGUUGAAUUCCAAUACUUGGGACAUAAAUCCAGAUGUUGUGCCUUAUCUCGACGAUGACUAUAUUCACACUGCAGAAUAUGAUAUGUUGUUUGGUCAAUUCUCUGAGAACGAGAAUGCGACAACGGGCAGGCCUCCGGCUGCCAACGCUGUGGUUGAAAGUCUCCCAUCCGUAGUUUUAACUCAGGAGGAUGUGGAAAAGGGUAAUGCAGUCUGUGCUGUUUGCAAGGAUGAGAUGAAAUCGGGGGAACAAGCAAAGCAGCUACCUUGCACGCAUCGGUACCAUGGUGACUGCAUUGUGCCGUGGCUACGCAUAAGGAACACAUGUCCUGUUUGUCGACAUGAAUUGCCCUCCGAUGACGCUACCUACGAGCGUAGAAGGAACCCAAGGCUUGCUCGUGGGUCGAACAAUGGUCAGGCACUCUUUUGAGAUCUUUCUCCGGCAUUAGGUUUUCGAAAAUGUAGAUACUGCUGUGGUACAUGAUGCUUUGUUAUGUUUUGAUGGGAGUAUCAGAAAAAGUUUUAUGGUUAGAUUACUUUUCAUGGCUGUCAUGUUAAUUUUUUCUAUCAGCUUAUACAUUUUUUGUUAUGCUUGUUCUUGUUGGAGGAUGAUUGUCAUGCAAAUAUGUAAUAAUAUUAUGGUGGGUACUCUUUUUUGGUCUUGUA